UCGUUCUUCUUUCAUCGUUUGCUUUGCUGGGCAGCAUUUAAUUUGUUAUCAAACACGGAUUACCUACUGUAAAAACUCUGCGUAGUGUUUUUACAGUCGCUGUAAGCAAUGGCAAUCGUGGAAGAUGAGGUGCGAAAUGAAUCGGAAGAUGAGAAUGAGAUAGAAGUUGUUGUGGAGGAAGAUGAUGCGGAACAAGAUUCUGAUGAUUCAGAUGAUGAUGAUGAUGAAGGUGCACUUGAGAGGAAAGUAGCUGAACUGGAACGGCGCAUCGGGGAGGAUCCAUAUAACUAUGAUGAUCAUAUUGAACUCAUACAAUCAUUAUGGGCCUUAACAGAGCUAGAUAGAUGGCGAAGUGCGUUCGAGAGGCUGCAGCAGAUGAUGGCACUGAGGGCGGAACAUUGGCUGCUAUGGUUGCAGACAGAGGCAUCACUGGCGCACACGUGGCAAUCGCGUGAACGUAUCGCUGAAUUGUUUAAGCAGGCUACACUAGACUGUUACUCAAUCUCAAUUCUAACUGAGUGGUGCACAUGGGCGAUGGGGGUCGGUGAUGUGGCAGCGGCGCGCGAGCAGCUCGACGAAGUGUUGCGACGUGCAGGUGCAGAUCCCUUCUCUGGGAAGUUGUUUUGGGACGCCAAGCUGGAGUUGGAAAAAUCGCAGUUGGAGACUAUGAGUGAAGAAGACACGGAAUAUAAAGCGCAGCAAGAACGUGUACUAUGGUGUCUUGAAGAGAUCGUUUCCCGCCCGCUUUUGCGAGGAGAAGAAGCAUGGCCACAACUGCAAGAGUUGGCCACUGUGUUACAUGAUGAAAAAUAUAUUGAAAAGGUAAAGAAGCAACACGAGGCAGCUGUAGAUUAUUUGCAAAAAAUAACACCAUUUGAAGAUAAGCUUCUUACAACAGAAAACAUUGAGGAAAAGUAUAAAAUUUAUCAGGAUUACAUUGAAACGUUGAAGGAUCUUGCACAACGUGACAAGUAUGCCGAGUGCGACUGUAACGGAAUACUCAAGGUGGUGUACGACCGCGCGUCGGGCUCGUGCGGCGGCGCGGCGGCGGCGGGGCUGCUGUGUGGGUGGGCGCGGGCGGCGCGCGGCAGUUCUCGGGCGACGGUUGCUCGCGUGCUGGACGCCUGCACGCGUCGCUGCCCACGCCGACACACCUUCUGGCAGCUCAAGAUGCAGCAGGCCGAGCACGAGGAGAAAACCUUCCAAGAGGUGAAAGGGAUAUUCGAGACGGCUCUGUCAAAAGGGAUGGAGUCGUACAAAGAAGCCGAAGCUCUAUGGUUAGGCUACUUAGAAUUCAUACGUCGUCGCACCGCGUUCGACAAUGAAUCUGACGUUGAUAAACUUCGGAGGACCUUCCGACUCGCUUGGGAUUCACUUGCUGAGGCAUGGGGAGAAGAAGCCAAUGAUUGUGAAGUACCUCUGUAUUGGGCCCGACUUGAAUACAAACGAAUGAAUGAUCCCAAGCAAGGCAAGGAGAUAUUUGAAGAAAUAUUUAAGUACGGCGAGAACAAGAGCAUGUCGAAGUACUGGGAGGCGCUGCUGCAGCUGGAGAUGCGGCGCGUGCCCGACGCCGCCCACAUUAUUGCGCGCGCUGGCGGCGUAAACGAGCUGCGUCGCAGACUAGACUACGAGCGCGACCACGGCGGCCUGCCCGCCCGCGCCGACUGCGCCGAGCUCUGCGAGGCAAAAUUAAAGGAAUGGCGUGAAAACUACCAAGCCAUGAAAGAGAAGAUGACAGGCAAAAAACAGAAAUUGAAACAGGAUAAUAAAAAAGCAAAAUUUGAAAAUAAAAAGAAAAAAAGAGAGGAUGACAGGCCAAACCGAAAAAGGAAGUCAGACGAAGACAAUAAAGACAUUGAAGCCAAGAAGAAAAAAGACGAAAGUAUGGAUAUCGACGACAAGAUACAGAAUGCUGAAAGCAGUGGAGUCAAGAGAUCUCAUGAACAGGAUAACAAUGAUUUUGAUGCUACUGACAGCAAACGUCAAAAGACUGAUAAUGAAUCAAGCAACCAAGUUACCUCUAGAGACGCAUGCACGCUGUUUGUCAGCAAUUUAGAGUUCAAAGUGGAUGAACAGAGUUUAAGGAAUAAGCUGUCAGAAUAUGGUGACGUUGUGUCAUUUCGAGUAAGGACUGGCGUCAAAGCAUUCGGGGGUUCAAUAUGUUACUGCCAAUACAAAACACCGGAGGCAGUGGAGAAAGCAAUAAAACAUGACAGAACACCUCUAAAUGGACGGCCCAUGUUUUUAUCACGGUACUCAGCGGAAAAAUCAAAGCCCACCUUCAAGUACCCUACUACAGAGGAAAAGAAUAAAUUGUUUGUGAAGAAUCUGCCGUUCGGACAUUGUACAAAAGAAGCCCUCACAGAUAUAUUUGAAAAGUACGGCAAACUUAAAGACAUACGGGUUGUGACACAUAAGGAUGGUAAACCGAAGGGGCUGGCGUACGUGGAGUACGAGGACGAGGCGGGUGCGCAGGCCGCGCUGGCGGAGGCCGACGCGCUGGUGGUGGCGGGCCGCAAGCUCGGGGUCGCGCUCAGCUCGCCGCCCCCGAGACCGACCACCGCGCCCACGCCCGUCCUCGGCCAGCCCAAGAGGGACAGCAGCAGCGGCAUGCGGCGGACACAAUUAAGCAGUUUUAUACCGAGCGUACUACAGAAACCGUCGACCAGCAAAGCCGCUACCAAUGGCGACCACACUAACGGGGAGAAGCGGCCGCUCAGUAAUAGCGAUUUCAGAAACAUGCUGCUUAAGAAAUGAAUAAUUAAUUGUAAGGUAACUCAGUAGUUUGUAAGUAAUAUUGAAACAUUUUAACUUUAGAGCAUUGUAGACAUGUAUCAUAUAGACUCUAAAAUUAUUAUUAUAAGCUAAUCGUAAGAGUAGAAGACUACUGCAAUUAAAUUUUACGAAGAAGUUAGCCCUCUUUGUGUUUAUUACCUGUGUAUUUGUUGCGUUGUUAUAAGAAUGUGUUAGAUUAUGAUUUUAAUCAAUGAAAGUUCAUAACGUAGUCGUUAUUUUCCUAUUUGAACCUUCACAGUUGUUUCCGUAGAGUAAAUUAUGAGACAUUUUCCUGUGUGCUGAUGUGCGCUACUGUGUUGUGUGUGCUAGGCUGAACACAACACUAUGUAUGAAGACAUCUUCAUUAUAAAAAUGUUUGUUAAAUUGGAUAUACAGACUCUUUUAUCAUAAAAUAUAAAAAAAAUUGCAGAAAACAUUGCAUGAUUUUACUUAAUAUAUUGGAAAUUCCAUUGUUAGUACUGUUACUAAAAUCUUAGUAACUGUACUAGCAAUGGAUUUUCCACAUACAAUUGUGUGUUCCAAAAUUUUAUUUCCUGUAGCACGCAGACAAUGCAAUAUCUAUAUAAUAGUUCUAUUUAUAGCCUAAGAAAUAUGCCUGUAUAUAAAAAAUAUAGGGAAACGACGGGCAUUUUCAGUAUAUUUAUUUUUUUAGAUCAAAUAAAA